AUAUGAAAGUGACGUCAUCGUUAGUGCUGCUUGCAGAAUAGUAGUGAUCCCUUCCUACUGCCGAACAGUAAACAUUGGGACCACAAGCGUCUACGUAAGCUGUCAUUUGUUUUACGUUUAAAUUACCAAAUACCAGCACUGCAAUGGCAAUUGACUGGCUUGGAUUUGGCUAUGCUGCAGCCAUAGCCCUAGGGGGAUUCAUGGGGUACAAGAAAAAAGGUAGUGUCAUGUCACUAAUAGCUGGGAUAUUGUUUGGCAGCAUGGCCGCCUAUGGGGCCUUAAUGAUUUCAUAUGACCCAACCAAGACGUUCUACUCCCUCGUUGCCUCAGGAGCGCUGACAAUAGUGAUGGGAAUGAGAUUCAAGAAAUCUGGGAAAAUAAUGCCAGCUGGCAUCAUGGCAGGACUAAGUUUGCUGAUGGUCCUGCGACUUCUCUUCAUGGGCGUGAUUGUAAUGUGAUUUGAACAACACAACUGUCUAAAGUGAGACUGAAAAUAUCACUGCAAGGGAUGAAGUUCCAUUUGCACAUUGUUUGUGCUUGCCAAAAUUGUUUUUGUAAUGAUUUGUUCAAUGAAUAUGGGAACAGAAAUACAGUAAUAUUUACUACUUGAUCUGAAUAAAUGUUAUAGCACUGAAGGUAUGACUACUUACUUAGUUUGACAAUCAUGUUUAGCUGCCUCACUGUAAAUAACCUAAUAACUGUUAAAUUAUGGAAUAGCUCAGAACAGAUAUGUAGUGUUUAAUUACAGCUGAUAUUUUGUUUAACAGACUUUUUUUGUGUGUGUAUUAUUGAAAAACAAAUACUUGUUCUACUUGAACAAUUUGGUCCUUACUCAUACAUGUUAAAAGACAUGACAGUCUGGAAUAAUCUAUAUCCAAUAUUCACUUCAACUCUUUACAUUUUUUCGAUAAGCAUCAGUGCUUGAAGUUGAACACCUCAUACACAGUCUUUACAUAUAAGUCAUCUGGUUGAGGCUUUCUCUUGCUGCCUGGCUGCAGGAACUUCUGAAUGGCUGGCAGGCUUUUCAUCCUCCCUUGAAAUGCCUGAAAAACAAACAUUUUCACCCAAUCAAGAAUUAAUCAAAUGAAGUAUCUAUGGAACUUUUGACCUUUCUUUCAAAUACGCUGCUGACUAUGUCCUAAUUAUCUCUCCUUCCUCCCAAAGUGUGCCUGGGUUCACUUCCCUUAACCGAUUUGAAAGGAAAUGACAGUCAAAUAAAUAUGCCUCCACCAAUCCAAUGUUUUUAGAUUUGUGGGAAGUAGUGAACGAGGGCAUACUUGAGAGAUUAUUGGGACACACCCAGUGUGUUGCAGCAGUACAGUACAUUUAAAAAUAGACGGUGUUGUAGCAGUACAUUUGAAACAGUAUGGCCAGACUUAUGUUUAUCUGUAUGAAAAUGUGCAGCAGGUAUGCAAUAUUCAUAUGCUUUUUGGGUUAUGUGAACCUGUAACAUGUUUUGAUGAGAUGCACUUAAACUGUAUCAAGACUUGUCUCAUAAUUUAUUUUGUCAAUAACAAAAUACAUUUGUAAUAAACUUUACCUUAACAACAGGGAA